AUGGCAUUCCGCAGUCCUUUUGCGAUACCCCGGCAGCUAUUAACUGCCACCUCUCUCGGAGCUCGCCCGGCGAUCAACAGUCGAUUGAGAUGCAUGACAAGUCAAAGAGGUCUUGCGACAGUGGUGCCCCCAGUCACGCAAGAUGCAACAGGCUCUAAGGGUCCAACUGCUAUGGUCUUUAUGAACAUGGGUGGACCUUCCACAACAGACGAGGUGGAGGACUUUCUGAGCAGACUAUUUGCCGACGGUGACUUGAUCCCUCUAGGCCGACUCCAAUCCUACAUCGGACCCCUCAUUGCACGCCGCAGAACCUCGAAGAUCCAGAAGCAGUACGCAGAUAUCGGUGGCGGUUCACCCAUUCGGAAAUGGUCCGAGUACCAGUGCGAAGAGAUGUGCAAGCUUUUGGACAAGAUGUCUCCCGAAACCGCGCCCCAUAAGCCCUACGUUGCCUUCCGCUACGCUGCUCCCUUGACCGAGACCAUGUAUGAACAGCUCUUUGCCGAUGGAUUUGGUAACGGCAAGGGAGGCCGUGCUAUCGCCUUUACACAAUACCCCCAGUAUUCCUGCUCAACGACUGGCAGCUCACUUAACGAGUUAUGGAAGUGGCGUAAUCGUCUGGAGGGAAAGCGCGCAAAUGGAGGAUCUGAGCCGGCUGGCGCAAUCCAAUGGAGUGUCAUUGACCGGUGGCCCACUCAUUCGGGUCUUGUCGAGGCCUUCGCGCAGAAUAUUGAGGCCCAGCUCAAGACCUACCCGGAAGAGAAGCGAGACGAGGUUGUGUUGCUGUUUUCGGCCCACAGCUUGCCUAUGAGCGUUGUGAACCGAGGUGAUCCCUAUCCCGCCGAGGUUGCCGCGACCGUUCAUGCUGUAAUGCAACGACUCAAGUUCAAGAACCCCUACCGCCUGUGCUGGCAAUCCCAGGUGGGACCUAGUGCAUGGCUCGGUGCCCAAACCAGUGACACUGUUCAAGAAUAUGUGAAGCGAGGCCAGACCGACUUGAUCCUGGUUCCCAUCGCCUUCACCAGUGAUCACAUUGAGACUCUAUACGAGCUGGAUCAGGAAGUCAUUCACGAAGCCAACAGCCCCGGUGUCAAGCGCGCCGAGAGCUUAAACGGAAGUCCAGUCUUCAUCCAGGCACUUGCCGAUAUUGCUCACGAGCACUUGAAAAAGGGAGAAUUAUGUUCUCGUCAAAUGACGCUGCGCUGCCAGGGCUGCACCAGCGAGCGAUGCUUGGGCCAGAAGAAGUUCUUCGCAGGCCAGGAAAAUGCCUCUAUGGUAAUUUAA